AUGUCGGCAGUAAACGAGGGUCUGGAGGCGACGGUCGCGGAUCUGGGCGCCCUGCUGGACGCCGGAGAAGGCGCUGUGGUGACGCUCGUGGCAGGCGAGACGCGGCUGGCGGCGCACAGGGCCGUGCUGGGGGCCAGGAGCCCCGUGUUCGCCGCCACGUUCCGCCACGACACGGCGGAGGCCCGCAGGGGCAAGGUGGUCGUCCGGGACGUGGAGGGGCCGGCGCUGCGGCAGCUGCUCGUCUACUGCUACACCGGCGAGGCCCCCCAGCUGGCCAGCGUGGCGCCCCAGCUCCUCACCGCCGCCGACAAGUACGGCCUGACUGCCCUGAAGGACCGGUGCGAGCAGCAGCUGGUCUCGCAGCUCGACGUGGACAACGCCGCGGCCGCAGCCGUGCUGGCUGUGAGGCACUCGUGUCCCGGCCUCACCGAGGCCGCAGUCGCCUUCGUCCGCGAACACAGCCACCGGGUGAUGGCCUCGCAGGGCUGGGCGGAUGCCGUGCUGAACAGCCCCUGCGAGGUGAUAGAGAUCCACCGCCUGCUCGCGGACCUGCCGCAGGAAUCCAGGUACUCGCAACCGAACCAGCCACCCAAGACAGCGAGCCACCUGCUGCCACUCCACCAGAGAGCGGACAUGGUGGCACGCCUGCCGCUGCCUCUGAUGCUGCGCCACCACCCACAGAUCUUCUCCAGCGAGUGCAUGAGCCAACCGCCCAAAACAGCGAGCCACCUGCUGCCACUCCACCAGAGAGCGGACAUGGUGGCACGCCUGCCACUGCCGCUGCCGCUGCCGCUGAUUCUGCGCCACCGCCCACAGACUCCCUCUCUCGAGUGCGUUCGUUGGUCUAAGGUGGUGGAGGGGGAGAGCGAAUGGGAGGGCAGGUCCAGACCCAACCCCCCACCCCCACCACGCCCCUGA